GCAUUAGCAACUUGAGCUAAAUAAUUCUUACAACCAUCAACAUGCUUGCAAAGGUUUUUGUCUUACUCGUCGUUUUGGUGGCUGUUCAUGGCCAAAGAUUGGGAUCACACUUAGCUGCAGGUGGAUAUGCUGGAAAUGGAGCUCAUGGUGGUAGAGGAAUCGGCGGACAUGGAAGUGGCGCCUCAGUUGCUUCAGGUCCCGUUGGACAUGCUGGACGCGGUGCCAUCAACAGUAGAGGAAGCGCUGGCUAUGGAAGUGGCACCCAUGUGGUAGCAGCCCCUGUCGGCCAUUCUGGACAAGGAGUUGUCGGGGGUAGAGGAGUUGGUGGAUCUGGAACUGGUGCUUCAAGGAACAUUGGUGCUCCAGUUAGUUCCGUUAGAGGACAUGCUGCUCACGGAAGAAGUCAUUAAUCUUUCGUCACUGUACUGCUCAUAGUCAGAAAAUAAAUGCAUUGUUUCAGAAA